CUGCUGCUUUCUCUUGUUGCAGACAUUCCCGUGAUCCCUGACUUGGAGGAAGUCCAGGAGGAAGAUCUGGCCAUGCAAAUGGCAGCUCCCCCCAGUGUGCAGGUGAACCGAGUGCUGACCUACCAUGACCUGGACAAAGAUCUUAUGAAAUAUGCUGCCUUUCAGACUCUGGAUGGAGAGGUUGACCUGAAGCUUCUCACCAAAGUUUUGGCUCCAGAGCAUGAACUACGAGAGGAUGAUGUCAGCUGGGAUUGGGACCAUCUCUUCACAGAGGUGUCCUCAGAACUAGUGACUGAGUGGGACCUGGGACAGUCUGAGAGAGAGGACCACCUCAGUCUGUCCUAGAGCACUGGCUCACCAGACAUCUCAUACAUGCAUCCAUUGUAAAUAUUUUAGCACUUUUAAUUUUCUAUUCACUUGUUUGUAUUUGAGAAUUUAUUUCAGACAUGAAAAUAAAUAGGACCUUGCUUCAUA